GAGUCCAAUUAGCCUCAUUCCAAGUGUUGAACCCUACUGGGAGGGGCUGGACGCAGACAGGUCAUCUUCAGGAAAGUUGAGCCCGGAGAGCAUUCGUUCAAAGGCAUCUCCGUCAGAAUCAUCUGAAGAUAGUCAUGACCAGUGUUCGGGAAAGAAACCAUCCACAGUUACAGGGAAGAGGGAGGAGUUGUCUUUAUACAAAAAGACCAAAAGAGCAAUAACAAGCAAGAAAUACGGCAUGUCCAAGCAUGAAGCUGAAGAAUCACCCAUUGAACUCAUCAGCCGAGGCCCAGAUGGACGCUUUGUCAUAGAUCCCACUGUUGCAGAAAUGUCUGUAAAGCCCCGGCGAAUUGAGGGCUUCCCCUUUGUGGAAGAAUCAGACCACUAUCCUGAAUUCCGGCAGUCAGACGAGGAAAAUGAUGAUCCAAGGUCUAUGCCCCCAGUUAUGGCCCCUCUACGGCCUCAACAGAUUUCCCCAAUCUCCAGCCAGGAAUCCUACCUGCAACCUCCAGCCUACAGCCCUCGUUUCCAUAGGCCUUUCGAAGGUAUGACCAUCAUGGAGAGCAGCCAGCUCCAGGCUACGGGGCAGAUCCGAGGUUCUCUCCACCACAGGGCUUUCUAUGGCUAUUUAGGCCACCCUGGGGAUCAUGACCCCCCACCUCCUUUUUACAUGACUGAUACUAGCCCACUCAGUUCUGUCAUGUCCUCCCCUCCCUACCUUGCUGAAGGUCCUUUUGGUCACCCCAUGAUUCCUGAAGAAUGCAGGGAGGGUGAUUUUCCUCAAUAUGCUGUCCCUGGUUUCCCACUUCCUCUGACUAUCACCUCUUCCUCUCGUACACCCGAGAUUUGGCAAGGACUGGAUUUCACCUUUGCAAGUCUGGAGGGUCCCCAGUUCAUUUUCCCGCCGCACCACCCUUUGCAUCUCCGCCACGACUCCCCCUAUCCUCCUCCACCUCAUGUUCUUCCCCUAAGUUCUUUCCAGCCCUCCCUUCCAAUGCCUACCUACCCAGCUGUCCUGCCACUGGAGGCCCCAAAGAGCCGCUCAACUAGGUCUCCCAGCAAGGCCAAGCCUCGUGGCUCCCCAGCCAAGCAUAGAGCUAUGCAAGAGGCACAUUUUGGGCAUCUAAGACACACAAGCCACGGAAUGGGUGUGCCGGUUUUGCCUUACCCCGAUCCAAUGGCCCAUAUUGUACCAAGCGCAUUCAGUAGCCUUGACACGCGAUGGUUUGAAACCACCCCUCGGUUCAGUCCUAGACAGGCUUGUAGGGUGGAUUCUGGAAUGCAUCAGGUGGUCCUCCAGCCCUCCCGACUCUCCCCCCUAACCCAAAGCCCGCUUAGUUCUCACGAAGGCUCCCCAGAGAUUGUAGUACGUCCCAGGCCACGUCCCAACAUUGUCCAACCUCGCAUACCACCAGAGAUGUCUGAGAUUACCCUCCUCCCUCCUUCCACAGCCAGCUUCUCAAGGAGAUCUUCCCCCUCCUCCUCACCUGCCCACCAUGGCCAGGGUAGCAGGAGAGCCAGUCCCAGCUACCGUUCCCACAUAGCCUUUGCCACUUCUGCAAGCAGCUACCCAGCUUCCCAGUCCCCGUCACCCCCCAUGGAAAGCAGCAACAUAUUUGGGCAGAUGCCAUCUCAGAGAAGGACUGAGGAGGGGAUUCUUCCAUCUGAGCCCUCUCCACCCCAGUUGUCAGCUUCAGGAAAAUAUCGAGGUGUGCCGACUCCCCUUUCGGGGUCUGAGAGGAUUGAUGCACUGAGAUACCAACGUAUAAAAAAGGCCAAGAACAUGAUGAUGAACAACAAUAACUCCAAGUCCAGAAAGAAAGCAGGUGUCUCCACCUCUCAGACCCAGCAGGCCUACACCUCUCAGGUACUCCAGCCCGAAGAAGUUCUCUACCUCCGCAAGAAGAAGAAACGGCCCAUCCUCCACGACCCGUAUACUCGCUUUUCUGCUCUGCUGUACCGCCGCCCACCGAGGGAGGACCAGAAGGCUAUUUUGGCCAGCAUGGACUACAUAGACCUAGACCAUGCAACCCUCCUUUGAAAGCCCAUAAGGACACAGUUACAUUCAUGCAAUAUUCCCUCAUUCCAAAAUCACUACCAAGUGGAAAAAACAAAGAUGUUUGCAAUUUAUUGUUUAUAAAGGGGACUAGCACUACAUUUCAGCAUUCAGAUUUGGUAUAUUGUGUAGCUAUGCCCUUGGUCAAUUCAAUCUGCACUAGUAAGCAUUCUGCCAUUUUAAAUAUGUGAUAAAAACAACUGUACUUUGUUAGAUCAAGAACCUAGAUUGUCUCUGAAAUGCUGUUCCCAAUUUACCGUGAGUGAUAAAGCAGCAUUGGUCAAUUAGAAUGACAUCACAUGCAGUCCUAGCUCCAAGGAUUAUUUGAACUCUACUGAUUGGCAGAAUGCACACGGUUGAUGUGUAUUCCUGAAUUCAGUAGUGUUCCCUUUUAAAAAAUGUGUUUAAACUACAGCGAUUUUCCAAGGUUUUACUCCAGUGCAAAAAGAUUUGUUAAGAAAGAGGCAAGUGCCUGUUGUCCACAUUUCAAAUAAUUAUACAAAAAGUUCAGUUACCCUUUUUGAAUUUGAACACGUUUCAUGCGUUGAUUGCCCCCCAAAAAGCCCUGCCGGUCUCUGUUUACAGCCCCUUCCACCGGAUCCUCUCCGCCAGCAAGGUUUAUCUGCCGAGAAACUCGCCUCACAAAUGUGUUAUCUCACUUCCUACCGAAUAUACCUCAGAGCACAGGACACGACACCCCCAACCACAAAUCAGCCAGCAGAGCAAACUAGCCUUUUUAUAUAUCUUUAGUCAUAAUUACUUUUCUUAAAACGACAUGGUACAGUUUUUCUUUCUUAU